AUGUUCGAAGUCCCGCAAGCAAAAAGAAUAAAGAGAGAAGACCUGUUCCGACACGAUGACAGCCCAGCCAGCUCGCGGCCUUCGUCGAGGUCGUCUCCCAACAACCGAGACGACGUAGAGACAGAGGAUCCCGUUCGACCCAACUACGGUUUCGAGUAUGAUUUCAUCACGCCACAGCCCGAGCAGCAGCAGCGGCCGAAGAAGAAACAUGCAGCAGACCACCGUCAGGCCCAGGAUGAUGCAGCCGAACCCAACGACAACCGCCACGACGACGGCGAUGAAGAUCACCAACAAGAAGCGGAAGCAGAGGCAGAACCAGAAUACCAAUUUCGACUGUUUACCUCUGCCGCUCCACCGACAACGCAACCUUCUUCGCAACCGAAAAAGGCCACGAUCCGUCUGAGCGCGACACCGCCGCCCGAGGAGUUUUUCCCAGAGUCGACGACGGCUCUAUCACUUGAGACCGCAGGCUUCGUCCGCCCCAACCGCCGGGACGACUACUACUUCACGUCGUCCCUGCCGGCAGAUGUGACGAAGACGCUGAAAUCGCAAUACGCCGACACGGCUCUCUCGACCUCUGACGUUCUCGCGCGCGCGGGUUCCACGAGAUGGCCCGGGACGGCUCUCCCCUGGCGCUGUAUCCACGUAACAACAACAACAACAACAACAACAACAACUCUCAAGGUCGGUUCCAAUCCAAAGGGGACAACAGUCGUCGAUACUUCCUCGUUUUCUUCCUCUCGGGCUGGACCUUCUUCUUGCCAUGGCAUCGAUUCAAAGCGAAAAGGGCCUUCUGCUUCCGCCGCCGCAACAGCCUCGAUCGUUGUUCAACGACCUCGACCUCGACCAUCCAAAAAGCGCCGCAUUUUCAACCGUCGUCGCCUCGCCCUCCGCGCCGAAAUGGCCUUGAAGGCUGAAAAGGCCGAGGAACUUGAGCGUCAGAAACGCACGCGACGAAAUCGAGAGAAGAAAGUCAAGCGAAAGGAGAGGGAGAAGUUGAAAAAGCAACUUGAACAGAAGCAGGAGGAGCAAGGAUCAGACGAGAAGACGAGAUAG